AUGUCCGAAACAGACUCCAACCGCCACGGGCCCCCAUCUGUGAUCAAUGUAGGCCUGAUGCGCACCGGCACCAUGUCCAUGGCCCGUGCCUAUGACAUCCUCGGCCUGCGCGCCCACCACGGCCUCGACAUGGGCGACCUCCCGGGCCGCGGCUCCUCACAAUGGGCCGCAAUCGAGGAGGCCGCCGAGUGGGACGCCGUGUUCGGCUCGUACGACGCCGUCACCGACGUCGGGUCGCUGUUCGCGGACCAGCUGGUCGAAGCCUACCCGUCCGCGCGGGUGGUCAUCGUGCAGCGCGACUACGACGCCUGGUGGGAGAGCUACCGGUCCGAGGUUGCGGACGGGAUGUUCUCGCCGGCGACGGCGGUGUUGGGCCCGGUUCUGGCGCUCGCGGGGUUUCGGGCGGCGCUGGCUAUGCGGAAGAUGCUCAUGGGGGCAUUUGGGGCGCGGAACCUGGGCGAGAUCAAGGCGAAUGCACGGGUGACGUAUUUCGGGUAUUAUGACAGGAUACGAGAGCUCGUGCCGCCGGAGCGGAGGCUAGAGUAUAAGCUUGGUGACGGGUGGGAACCAUUGUGUGAGUUCCUCGGGAAGGAGGUGCCGGACGUGCCGUUUCCGAGGCUUAACGAUCGGGUUCAACAUGGAAAGUAUAAGAAGCGGGAGCUGAGGGCAGUCACGACGUAA